GGAAAGUUCAAAUUGUAGUAUCAGGAAGGAACGGUAAAACCAGAGACACAACAAGUUACAAUGAACCGACAGAUGAAGGGCAAAACCCCUCGCAGGCAUCCUCCAAAGAAACCUCCCAACAGCCAAAAAGACCCAGUUGGGGUGUAUUGUCGUGUUCGACCCUUGGGUACGGAAAAUGAGGAAUGUUGCAUUGAGGUAAUCAGCAGCACCACCAUUCAACUGCACGCCCCUGAAGGCUUCAAAACAAACAGAAAUGGAGAGUACAAAGAGACACAGUAUUCAUUCAAAAAAGUCUUUGGAGUCUCAGUAUCACAGACGGAGCUCUUUGAUUUUGUGGCAAAACCUCUUGUUGAUGACCUCAUCAGUGGAAAAAAUGGUCUGCUCUUUACAUAUGGAGUCACAGGAAGUGGAAAGACAUUCACCAUGACUGGCUCUCCAGGACAGGGGGGACUGUUACCACGCUCUCUUGACAUGAUUUUCAACAGUAUAGGACCUUACCAGGCCAAAAGAUACGUUUUUAAAACAGAUGAUAAAAAUGGCAUGGAAGUCCAGAAUGACGUUGAUGCUUUGUUGGAACGGCAGAAACGAGAAAAUAACUUGCCUGUUCCUAAAACGCCUUCCUCUAGACAAAAGGUUGAUCCUGAAAUUGCUGACAUGGUAAAGCAAGAGGAGGCUUAUAAAGCUGAUGGUGUGGAUGAAGACAGCAGUUACAGUGUCUUUGUGUCCUACAUUGAGAUCUACAACAACUACAUCUAUGAUCUUCUCGAGGAAACUCCAGAUGAUGCCAUCAAGCCAAAGUGGAAUGGUGGAGGCACACCCAUGCGCCAGAACACUGAGUUCAUACCACCUCAGUCCAAAAUCCUCAGAGAGGAUCAGAAUCACAAUAUGUAUGUGGCUGGUUGUAUGGAGGUGGAAGUCAAGUCUGCUGAGGAGGCAUUUCAAGUGUUUUGGAGAGGCCAAAAGAAGAGGAAGGUGGCCAAUACUCGGCUGAACAGAGAGUCCAGCCGCUCCCACAGCGUCUUCAUCAUUAAACUGGCUCAGGCCCCUCUGGAUGCAGAUGGGGACAACAUCCUCCAGGACAAAAACCAGGUGACUGUCAGUCAGCUUUGCCUGGUAGACCUGGCUGGAAGUGAGCGCACCGGUAGGACAGGAGCAGAGGGCAACCGCAUACGCGAAGCAGGUAACAUUAAUCAGUCUCUGUUGACUCUACGGACGUGUAUUGAGGUACUUAGGGAAAACCAAAUGUGUGGCACAAACAAGAUGGUUCCCUACAGAGAUUCCAAAGUAACCCAUCUGUUUAAAAAUUACUUUGAUGGAGAGGGCAAAGUCAAAAUGAUCGUCUGUGUCAAUCCCAAGGCUGAUGACUAUGAGGAAACCCUGCUGGUGAUGCGGUUUGCAGAAAUGACCCAGGAGGUGGAGGUGGCUCGACCAAUGGACAGGCCCAUCUGUGGCUUUACACCAGGACGCCGCCACAGAAACCAGGCUUUCAAGGAGGAGCUGUCUCGCAAGCUGGAGGAGCGUGGUGGUCCAGUAGACAGAGACAUGCCCUUGGUUGUGGACAACCUUGUGUACAGCCUGCCACCCCUUCCCUCCUGUGAGCUGACAGACCCUCAUGAUGACAUCACACUGCCCAGACUGAUCGAAGCCCUGCAGAAUAGACACAGGAUUCGGCAGAUGAUGAUAGACGGAUGUCUCAAUUUAGCCAAUGUGAUAAAAUCCAAGUUUCAAGAACUGGACAGCAACCUUAUUACCAGAGAUAACUUUAUUCAUGAGCAAAACGGCAAACUGUUUGAAAAAGACAAAGUCAUCCAGAACAACAAGAGUGAGAUUGAACGGUUGGAGAAGAAAACUAGGAUGCAAGAACAUAAAAUUGACAUCCUGCAGAAAGCCACUAAAAUCUAUGAGGAUGACAAGCGUUCACUUCAGCAUGAGCUGGAAACCAGAGAUCAAAGACUGCACAGAGAGCAAUCAGAAAAGAGACGCAUGGAGCAGCGCAUGCAGGGCGUGGUAUCAGACACACAGCUCAGAUGGGAGAAAGAAUGUGAAAGACGUGUUAAUGCAAUGCAGCUGGAGAUGCAAAACAAGCUCUGGGUGAAAGACGAGAAGCUGAAGCAGCUCAAGGCCAUUGUGACAGAGAGCAAGACACCAGGUCGUCCUGAACCUCCACCACGUCAAACACAGCCAAAGCGUCCUUCCAGAGAGGAAAAGCGAUCAGCCCCUGCAAAGAGAUCUGCCUCACCCUCGCCUCUUCCUACUUCAACACCUGUCAGACCGCUGCAUCGCCGUUCCCGUUCUGCUGGUGGAGAGAAGUGGGUGGACCACAAGCCCACCACUAAUGUGGAUUUGGGGACAGUUUUGCAGCCCGUCAUCCCUAAUGCUAUUCAAGUUUCUGCCCCCAAUGAGAAGGCCCUGUCCAAGUGUGACAGAUAUGUGUUAACGCACCAGGAAGUGGCCUCUGAUGGUGAGAUACAGACCAAACUCAUCAAGGGUGAGGUGAUUAAAACAAGAGGUGGUGGACAGGCUGUUCAGUUCACCGACAUUGAGACACUAAGACAGGAGAUAACCACAGUCCCAAGCCGCAAAAGAAGGUCUUCAGAAGGCAAACCUACUAAUGGAGAUGGAUCGGAUGGCACUUGGACUGAUGUGGAGACAAGGUGCUCUGUUGCUUUGGAGAUGAGGGCUGGAUCAAACAUGGGUCCUGGAUUCGAGGGUCAUGGGAUCACAAAGCGCAGAAAACCAUAAAGCAGCGUUCCGCUGUUCCAGUGAUCACUCCUUCUAUCCUAAUCAUGCUGUUGUGCAAUAUAUCUGAACUUUUUAUAUUUAAACAGAUUUCAUGCUUUUUAUAUAUGCAAAAGUGUGUAUACAAGGGUCACCAAAGCUGUUUUGUAAAAUAUUUUAUAUGCUGUAUCUGAAUCUAUAGAAAAUCAUGUUUGAUGGCAAAUAGUUACUGUGGUCUUGCUGCUGAAAAAAAUGGCAUUUGCACAUUUGUGUGUAAUAUAGUUACAUUUGUUACUCGGCACAUGAGUCAUUAGAUGUCAGUGAAGCUGCCACUAUCUGGAUUUUAUCUGCUGCAUAACCUUUCAUGUUGAGCUUCAUCAUGUGGAGAUUUUGCAUAAACUCUUAUCUUUUCUUGCAUAUAAUAAAAUUUGCUUCUACCACUGACAAAUUGAUCAUGCUGCCUUCAUUAUACUCGGUAAUAAAUUUCCUUA